AUGAAAAGGGUUAGGGUGCACAUGAUGACGAAAACGAAAAUAAUUCGAAUGCGCACCUCAUCGCAUAUGAAACGUUUGUCUGAAAUAGACAAUCCAGGUGCUAGGAACUACGUAAAAUUAAUCGUAAAUUCAACAAACGAGAGGAGCUUAUGGGACACUGUGAACAUGUAUAAGUACUCCUUCAUAUAUAUAUACUUGUCUAUUAAUAUAAUUCUAAACCAUUCUAAAUGCGAAGAGCAGAAGAGUUCGAGCGCUGAUCGGGCCAAUAACGUCAAUGGUUCCACCACAGUGUCGGUCACUGUCACCCACGCUCCGGAUUCCAGUGUCCAGUCCAGCACACAUCAGGAGGCGCCUGUCAAUUCUCACACCAACUACAGGCCUGUGACCUUUCCAGGCUCGAAGCUCCCUUCUUGGGACUACGUGAGGCACGGGUCUGACUGGACCCACGGGAUGUGCAGCGCCGGGUACAAGCAGUCGCCGGUCGACCUGCACGUGGAGGGGCUGAAGGACGACGGCCCUUCCAACCUUAAGUCCGUCUACGACUCUGUGCUGAGGGGCGAGACGCCUGACCUGUCUACCAACGCCUGGAAGCGGGGCGACAUUGUGCUCAGGUCCCCGAACGUGUUCAGACUCACCGUUCCUCAGAACGAGGGGUCGACCUUCGGCGCUCUGUUCACCACUGAUAAGCCCAACCUCUAUGUUGCCACGCACAUAGACUUCCACUCGCCCAGCGAGCACACUUUCGACGGCUCCGCCAACCGUAGGCAGAUUGAGAUGCAGAUUUGGCACUACCUGAGCGACGCGCCUUCCAGCGACCUUGGCAUCGGCUCCCUCGACGUCCCUGAGACCACUGAGGUAAACAUGCUAAUAACGAAGUCGGUGAAGAACACGACCGCAGCCGGCGGUCCUCCUGAGCACAACUUAUUCAAGCACUCGAGUGCUAACACGUCCUGGCAGGGUCAGACACCCUUACCCAAUCAGGGCAACACGCACACCGUGUUCACUUCAACUGUGCCGAACCUCAGCGGCUCGCACAAUUCGGCCGAUUUAUCUCAUCUAAACCUUAAAACUGCUGAAGGUUCCACAGGUUCGUUUCCCCUCUUAUCACUUCAUUCAGGUAAACCCGCGAGUGCCAAGGGCCCUGAGCCUGAGCACGACCAUGAGCCUGACUUCGAGGAUGAGCACGACACUGAGCUGUAUUACGAGUCCGAUGACCAUGGCCCCAGCAUGGUUCAGCUCACGCAGAAGGUCGCUUCUUCCGACGACCAGCACCCGCUCAACUCCAACAAGUCUUCCAGCUACAAGAAGCUGCUUGAGAACGACCGGUUUGACUUGUUUAGCAAGUACCUUUUGACUCACCUGAAUAACUCUGCCAAUAACCUGAGCAGCGAGCAGAUGCACAUUCGCGAGAAGAAGAUGGCUCGGCAGAAGAACACUCACUGGGGUCGCUGGGCCGUCAUAUCGCUCACCUUCAUGAGCGAGGAGAUUGAGAAGACCAACAUUGAGAGCCUCAGGAACUUCCCCUCCGAGCGCUUCAUGAACGAGGUGUUCCGGGCCGGCUCCUCCGUGAACGUCACUGAGAGCCACGACUACCCCUCGGUCGGCGCCCUAAACUCCAACCGCUCCGACGACCCCCUGCCCGUCGUCGACGUCGACGUCCCCCUCAACCUCUCUUCGCUGUUCAUGAUGCUUGAGGUGAAGAACGUCAACUACUUCGCGUACGACGGCUCCUUCACUCAGCCCGGCUGCGAGGAGACUGUGCGCUGGUACGUGGCCAAGGAGUCGCUUCCCAUUUCCACUGAACUAAUGUUACAAAUUCAUCGCAUGCUCAACCCCAACCCUCACGAGUCAAAUCCUAACAACUACGUGGACAACUACCGCGAGUUGCAGAACGUUAACAACAAAUGCAGAAACGUCGGCAAGGUGCGUUUCAUUCACGGGUACCCUAUGGAGUACUUCGUGAUAUCGCCGUUCAGCCGCGCCCUUACAAAGGUUUCGCGCUUCAAGGCUGCGAAGAUGUCGCUGAUUCUAGCACUUUCGUUACUUCUAAUUUCAAUUUAA